AUGGGUUCAACUACAAAAGGUGCCACUGCUGCCAAAAAAGCUACUUUAAAAGGUAUUAAUGGUAAAAAAGCUUUAAAAGUAAGAACUUCAACUACUUUCAGAUUACCAAAAACUUUAAAAUUAUCAAGAAAUCCAAAAUAUCAAAAAAAAUCAGUACCACAUUAUAAUAGAUUAGAUGCUUAUAAAAUUAUUAUUUCACCAAUUGCAACAGAAACUGCUAUGAAAAAAGUUGAAGAUUCAAAUACUUUAGUUUUCCAAGUUGAUAUUAAAGCUAAUAAACAUCAAAUUAAAAGUGCUGUUAAAGAAUUAUAUGAUAUUGAUGUUGAUUAUGUUAAUACUUUAAUUAGACCAAAUGGUACUAAAAAAGCAUACUUAAGAUUAACUGCUGAUCAUGAUGCUUUAGAUAUAGCUAACAAAAUUGGUUAUAUUUAA